AUGUCUGACAACUGUUCAGAAAGUAGUAUCAAACGCCAAAAAAUAAAUUUAGGCAAAAAUGAUAUUGUAGAAUCUAGCAUACAACAACAUGUAUCUUAUGAAGAUUCUGGCAUUAAACUUACGACAACUAAAAGUCUUCCCGAUUCAGAAAAUGUCGAGAGCGUCUCUCUGAGUUCUAUCCUAUACUCGGAAGAUUUGAUAGAAAUGGUUCAAUUCAAUUAUAUGUUUGAACUUGAAUUUCUGAUGUCGAAUCUACCUAAAUCUAAGCAAAAAACCAUUCCUACGACUAUUGUGCAUGGACUUAGCGAAGAAAGUGAAAGAUAUUUAAAAUCGGAAGCAAAUCUUUUCAAGAAUGUGAAACUUAUUUCACCACGACUACCUAUUCCAUACGGAACUCAUCAUACAAAAGUAAAAGAUAUUGCAAUGUUACUUUUCUACGCGAAUUUCACAAUGCGUAUGGUUAUCCACACUGCUAACGCAAUAAGAAGGGACUGGGCCGAUAAAACACAAGGAGUAUACAUGACUCCGUUUCUCCCAAAGAAACGUGAGAAUGCUUCAUGUUCAGAAUUCGAGUUGGAUUUGAUUGAAUAUUUGGAUAGCUAUGGUGAUAAAUUAAAGCAUAUUCGAAAUAAAGUGAAGGAAUAUGACUUUUCAACUGUCAAGGCGAAAUUAAUUGCAUCAGUACCGGGUUAUCAUGUUAAUGAAAGAAUGGAACGAUUUGGGCACAUGAGGCUUAGGAAUGUUUUAAGACACGUUACUAUCCCGUUAUCAUGUAAACUGGAAAGUACCGUUAUAUGCCAAUUCUCCAGCGUCGGAUCACUAGGCAAAGACGAGAGUUGGUUGAUAAAUGAAUUCGCAGAUAGUCUAAAUCAUGCAAAAAAUCAAAAUCAAUGCAGUGACCCGGAAAUAAAAUUAAUCUAUCCAACUGUUGAGAAUGUUCGCGAUAGUUUGGAGGGAUGGGCGGCUGGUCGAGCAUUACCUUUUAGUCAUGAAAAUUAUUUAAAACAAAAAGUUUACAUGCAGAAAUAUUUGAAUAAAUGGAAGGCAAUUGAGGCUGGGAGAGAUCGUGCAAUGCCACAUAUUAAGACAUAUUCUCGAAUGAAAAUUUUGUCGAAUUUGUCAACAAAUAAUUCGGAUUCAAAUGCAGAUAUUGCAUGGUUUUUAUUGACCAGUAGCAAUUUAUCCAAAGCUGCAUGGGGCACUUUACAAAAGAAAGGCAAACAGUUGAUGAUACGAAGUUACGAGUUGGGUGUAUUAAUCUUUCCAGAAUUAUUCCAUAAAGUUGAAUUUACUUCGGUCCACCUAAUAAAUUCUAUUCCUCGUAAUUUAAAACCUACAUUACCAUCUUGUAACACCACUUCUUCAAAUUCAACUUUAUCUAAGAAAAGGAAUCGAUUGGAAGAAGGAGGAACAUUGAUAAUUCCUAUUCGUUUACCUUAUGACCUACCAUUAACACCAUAUAAUUUUCAAGGUGGUGAUGAAUGCUGGACAUGGAAUAUACCAAGAACUGAAACGGAUUGGCUAGGAAAUAUAUAUAGACCUUGA